CUGAAACUUGAGCUUCUUCUUUGUUAGCUAAAACUUGAGCUUUUUCUUUGUUAGCAUCGACAAUGGCGGAGGAAAAGCAGAGAGAGCUUCGUGUGGUGAUGUUUCCGUGGCUCGCCUACGGUCACAUAACGCCCUUCGUUGAGCUUGCCAAAAAUCUGGCCAGUCAUGGUCUUAAAAUUAUCUUUGUCUCAACUCCGCUGAACAUUAAACGAAUUAAACCGCAAGUGUUCGAUGCACCGGGGAUAGAUCUGAUGGAGUUGGCAAUGCCCUCCGUGGAGGGGCUGCCAACAGGCGUAGAGUCCUCCGCCGAUUGUGUCAAGAGAGCAGACGCGCCAGUACUACUAUCUCUUCUCCCCGUCGCAUUGGACCUUUUGGAGAAGCCCUUCGCAGCGCUGUUGGAACAGCUCUCGCCAGAUUUUGUGAUGUACGAUGUGCUGCAGUACUGGGUUCCUCGUGUGGCUUCCAAGCUGCCCAAUCCCAUUCCCGCUAUCUUAUUCGUACCAAUGGGAGUGACCGGCUUCAGCUUUUUGGAAGGAGAGCUAGACAAUGCAUCGGGAAAUCCAACAGCGGAGGAUCUGACCGUAUCGCCUCCCGGAUUCCCUUCACCCAAUAUUCACUUCACCUUGAUCGAAGGGCGGAGGGCCAUGGAGCUGCUAUAUCGGAAGCAUGCAGGUGGCCUUAGCGUUGCCGAGCGCGCCAGCAUCUGCAUGCGGGAGAGUUGGGCAGUCACGUCCAAUACGUGUUUGGAGUUGGAAGGGGCGUACGUGGAGUAUUUGCAGAGGCUCGUGAAGCGGCCAGUGUACCCUGUUGGGUUACUCAUGCGUGAACUCCCGCCACUCCCCAUUGGUGACAUUUGCUUGCAGUGGCUCGACAAGCAGCCCACUGCUUCGGUGGUGGUCUUGUCUUUUGGCAGCGAGUACAUUCUCACCCACCAACAGUUCUCCUCAAUUGCAAUGGGUCUGCAAGAGAGCAACACCUCAUUCCUCUGGAUUCUGCCUGCCGGAAAUGACUUGCUUCAAGAUUUCCAAGAUCAGAUUGGGGAAAAGGGAUUGGUAGUGACAAAGUGGGCUCCACAGUUACACAUUUUGAAUCAUCCUUCUACAUCUGCUUUUUUAACCCAUUGUGGGUGGAAUUCAAUGACAGAAGGCUUAAGGUUUGGGUUGCCACUCAUAACUCUUCCAAUGCAAUUUGAGCAAGGGUUAAAUGCAAAGUUUGCACGUGAGCUCAAGGUGGGAGUAGAAGUGACAAGAAAUGAAGAGGAUGGAUCUUUUACUAAGGAGGAUAUUAGUAAAGCAAUUAAAGUCGCAAUGAAUGAAGAAGAAGGAGCACAAAUAAAAUGUAAUGCCAAAAAAAUAAGUGACAUGUUGACUAGCAAUAAUUUCCAAGUUAGUGAAAGAAACGUGAGUGACUUUGUCUCCAUUCUUAAAACCGUAAAUAAAUAGAUAACUAGGGUGAUAGGCUUGACAUUGCCUCUAUUCACGUAGUCUUCAAAAUAUUGUUAGGUGAAUAAUGUUGGCUUUUGUAGUCCUUAUGAUUUAAAAGUCCCAGUGUGCAUCAGAAUUUUAGUUGAGUUUCUUUUUGUAUGAUUAAAGUGAGGUUUAUAAGGUUUGUGUUCAUUACUGUUUAGAAAGUAGUUUCUAUAGUUUGGUGUGUAAUCAUGCAUUUAUGCAUGUACAA